AUAAAAUCUCCCUUCGUAAAGCUCUGCAUUAAUUAGUUGCAUACUAUUAAUUACUCAACAACUUCUUUAUGACUUCAGAAGCACUGCAAAGGGCCUCUGAGCCGUCCAAGCGAGCUCUCGCUACAUUGAAAAGUGGCCUUGCCUGGGACUUGAUGCAAAAGGUAAAAGAGCGACCUCGUUACGAUUUACACCUCCGCCCCGACGGAGUCAUCGACCUUUCUGGGGCCCUGAACACACUUAUGGAUGACUGGAUGAAGUCGUACGUCGAACGCUUUCCGCAGACUCUUUCACCGCGCUACGGUGCCAUUCACGGUUCGCAAGCUCUCCUCAAUACUGCGGCCGGCUUCUUCAACGCUUUCUUCCACCCUCAUGGGAGUGCUUUAACCGGCGACCACUUGCUGGCGGCUAACGGAGUCACUUCACUCAUUGAUAUGAUGGCAUGGACUCUUUGCGACCCCGGCGAUGGCAUUGUCUUCUUCACGCCUAAUUUCUACAUGUUAGAUUAUGACGCGAGCGUCCGCUCAGGGGUCACGACUGUGCCGGUUUCAAUAUCGACAAUCUCAGACCCAUUUGAAGCUGAGUGCCUACCGGAGCUCAUGCGCCUGGUGCAAUCUGCUGUUGAUGAAGCCAAGCGAAUACGCCGGGUUAACUGCCGCGUCUUAUUCUUGACCAACCCGGCCAACCCGCAAGGUCGGUGCUAUUCCUUAUUGACGCUGCGUGCCUUAGCUAUAUGGUGCCGCAACAAUGCCAUGCAUCUGGUGGCCGACGAAAUCUACGCUCUAUCGACUUUUGGCACCGAGUCAGACAAGGUGGGAAGUACCUUCUCAUCCGUGUUAAGCAUUCCGUGCGAUGAGGCGACUCAACAGCACAUCCACUGUCUGUACGGAGUGAGCAAGGAUUUCAACAUGGGUGGUCUUCGGAUGGGCUUUCUUGCCACAAAGAACAGCGCAGUUCGUACCGCUGCUUCAAGAGUGGCCUGGUUCACGUGGCUUACGUCCUUCUCGGACACAUUCAUCACGCAAUUCUUGGAACGGCAACAUCUUGUCAAGGACUACAUCUCCGUCUAUCAAACCCGAUUGCGUCAAGCCUACCAGAUUGUCUCGGGUGCGUUACGCAAGCACGCAGUUCCAUUCGCCGCCGCUAACGCUGGGCUCUUCGUCUUCAUCGAUCUCGGGAGGUGGAUCGACUUCUUUCCCCGCCCAAAGCCAGAAUCUAACGUUGGGUCUGUCAGCCGUGAGUUGCAGCUAUGCGAGUGGCUACUAGACCAUGGGGUCUUCCUGAACGCGGGAGAGUUUGCGGGGUCGGAUCGCCCGGGGCAUUUCAGAUUAGUCUUUACCCAUAAUCCGGAAGCAGCCGUGAUUGCGGUAGAGCGGAUUCGUAGCGCCCUCGACAAGCUUGAAGAGGGGGUCGAAUUUCCGAAAGCGUGACGAGAGGCAAGGGCGCUCAGGAUGUACGGGCGCUAGGUAGAUUCGGGUGCACGAGAGCGCACCGUCCCCACUGACAUGGAGACGACACGAAAUGUCGCUUAUAGCUUUACGUACGUUAUCACUUUCCAUUCGAAUCAUCUUUCACAUAGAGUUAAAUAAGACCUCC